CAGAGACCUACCAAGUAGCCCUCUUUCCUGUAGUAAUGAUUACAGGCACAGUCUACCAGGAUGGUUGCUUGGCAAAGGCUGGGUUACUACUUUUUGGAAUGUUUUCUAGAGCUUCCAAAAUGCCUCAAUAAAUCAGGACUCUCAGGCCAACUUACUGCUUUGCUUCUGGAGCUCUUAAUGUGAAGGGUCACUAGCCACCCUGGCAAGACUGUGGCUGACGUGUGUAAGGACAGUGGGAGUGACCCUGGCAAGGAAGCAGGCGAGGCCUGGACAUUAUUUCUCUGGUCUCCUGUCCUGCUGCUCUCUGCCCUGGGCUUCAGGCUCAAAAGCAUCAAUGAUGGCAUUCUUGAGUAGGGCACACCAUCCCUCUGUUAUCCCAAAGAAUGAAGAAAUAUCCCAGACAGCACUGAGCAGUGUCUACCAAGCUGAUGGCAAUGAAGAUGAGAGGGCUGUGUCCAAACUGCAGCGCAGGCACAGUGACGUCAAAGUCUAUAAGGAGUUCUGUGACUUUUAUGCGAAAUUUAACAUGGCCAAUGCCCUUGCCAAUGCUAUCUGUGAGCGCUGCAAGGGGGGGUUUGCACCCGCUGAGAAGAUCGUAAACAGUAAUGGAGAGUUGUACCAUGAGCAGUGCUUUGUGUGUGCUCAGUGCUUCCAGCAGUUCCCAGAAGGACUUUUCUAUGAGUUUGAAGGAAGGAAGUACUGCGAACAUGAUUUUCAGAUGCUCUUUGCACCUUGCUGUCAUCAAUGUGGUGAGUUCAUCAUUGGCCGAGUUAUCAAAGCAAUGAACAACAGCUGGCACCCUGAGUGCUUCCGCUGCGACCUCUGCCAGCAAGUCCUGGCAGACAUCGGGUUUGUCAAAAAUGCUGGCAGACAUCUGUGUCGCCCCUGUCAUAAUCGUGAGAAAGCCAGGGGCCUUGGAAAAUACAUCUGCCAGAAAUGCCACGCCAUCAUUGAUGAACAGCCUUUGAUUUUCAAGAAUGACCCUUACCAUCCAGACCAUUUCAACUGUGCCAACUGCGGGAAGGAGCUGACUGCUGAUGCCCGGGAGCUGAAAGGAGAACUGUAUUGCUUGCCAUGCCAUGACAAAAUGGGAGUCCCCAUAUGUGGCGCUUGUCGAAGGCCCAUUGAAGGGCGCGUGGUAAAUGCCAUGGGAAAACAGUGGCAUGUGGAGCAUUUUGUUUGUGCCAAGUGUGAAAAACCAUUUCUUGGACAUCGCCAUUAUGAAAGGAAGGGCCUGGCAUAUUGUGAAACCCACUAUAACCAGCUAUUUGGUGAUGUUUGUUUCCACUGCAACCGUGUUAUAGAAGGUGAUGUGGUCUCUGCUCUUAAUAAGGCCUGGUGUGUGAACUGUUUUGCCUGUUCUACCUGCAACACUAAAUUAACACUCAAGGAUAAGUUUGUUGAAAUUGAUCUAAAACCAGUCUGCAAAUACUGUUAUGAGAAAAUGCCAGAAGAAUUUAAGAGGCGACUUGCUAAACGGGAGAGAGAAGCAAAGGAUAAGGACAAGCAGAAAAAGAAAAAGCCUGUCUGUUUGUAAACUUUUCUAUCCCUUCUAUCAUUUUCACUACUUUCUUCUUUGGAAUAAAUUUGGGAGUUUGAUAUGAAACCAGUCUGUAAGAAGUGCUAUGAGAAGUUUCCGUUGGAACUGAAGAAAGACUUAAGAAACUAGCUGAGACCUUAGGAAGAAAUAACUUCCUUUAUUUUCCCUUUUUCUCUCUCUGCAAAGUAAGGGAGAGUACCAACAAUUAUUGAUCUGAUCACCCUACUUAAACUGUCUCAGAAUAAUUGAGUGAAGAGGACCUAAAUGAAUGGUUUUUUCUUCAUCUCCUUUUUCUCAUUAAAAAAGAAAAAAAUGUUUAUGUCCUCAUAUUUAAAUAGAUGACAUCAAGAUUUGCCUUUUUUAAGAACAUUUACCAAUUAUUAAAAUGAAGCUUAUACUUCAUAGCAAAAAAAAUGCAUGCUUAAAUGGUUAAAUUUUAAUUAAGGUCCAAAAAAUUAACUUCAACUUUUUUUUUUUAUAUAUUACCACUUAGGUCCCCUUCUACCACACUUCUUGAAAUCACCACACUUUUGUCCAUGUCCAUAAGUCCUUUUUUUCCUUUUUGUUCUCUACAACUUUUGUUUUAGUUGUCUUUUUAAAAUCAAAUACAGCUUUUAAAAAUGAGAGUAUGGAGUUGGCUUUUACAUGACUCAGAUAAAAAAUAUAACAUUAUUUUAUUUGUACUCAAACAAAAUUAAUUCCAACUGCUGUUGGGGGAGUAUACAAGGAAGAAACAUAACCAAGAAAAACAAGCCUUAAUGGAAUCUUAGUAUGUUUAUCAAACCGGUAGCUGUAAAAUGAAUAUACAACGUUACCACGAAUCAAGUGUUUUCAGAAGUACUUGAUUUUGAUUUUUUUUGUUGUAAUUGUUAAAUGCAAUAAUUAUGCUUAGUUUUUUCAAAUUAUGCUUAGUUUUGUAUUUUGUUUUCCUUGUGAUUUCUUUAUACAGUUAACACAGUAGUUACAGCUAGCUAAUAGUUUGCCUUUUAAAAUUUUGUGCAAAAGUGUAUUCUAUGGUAUUUGAAAUUACAAGUAUUAUUUGCAGUAUUGGAAAAAAUGAAAAUUUUUGUGUAUUUAUCACAGCAAUUAUUGCUUCUAAGCUUAAUGUCAAAAGAGUAGUUGUAGAAUAGGACAUGAAAUUAAAUUAUAUGUAGCUUGGGAAUAUAUCAGUAAAAAAAGUGAAUGUAUAUGUCUGGCCAUAUUGCCUUUAUAAUCAAGUUCAUAUUUAUGCUUUAGACAUAAAACUUGUCAUGUCUUGCCUGUAGAAAAACACACAUAAUUAAUCAGGAAUUCUUAGCGUGUUCUAUACAGUACCAACUAACCGUAAAUGAAUUGGUUGAGAUUUAAUAAACUCAGAUUCCAUUUACCACAGCUGUGAUUAUUUUUUUAAAUUUUAUCCCUCUUUGGGAAACAUUAAAAUUAACUCUUCUGAACAUUCUGCCAUCUUUUGUAGAAGAAAAUGAUGUGAUAGAUGGUUAUCAAGUUUUUCAUUUCAGAUCUAAUAAUUAAUUGGAUUUUAUUUGCUGUAAGUAGAUGUAUAAAUGGCACUUUUAAAUUGGAAAAGGGAUGUUUCUCAACUUUAGGUCAAAAAUAGUGAAUUAUUCUACUUCAUAAAAUGUCUUAUUCUGGAGUUCCUGGAUCAUUCUUUCUUGAUAAAAUUGUAUGCAAAGCAGUUAGUCAUGAUAUUAUUUGAGUGUUGCUGGCUGCUGUGGUUUCAUUUAAAAGAAAGUUACCAAGAUGAGCUUUUAAGAGGAAGUUUUGUUGUUUUUUUUUUCCAAAAAUUACUAAAUAUUGCUUUGCUAUUAACACAACAUAACAGGAUGCUACUAUUCUGCCAUUAAACAUUUCUCUCUGCAUGUAUUAAAAAGUGUAUGUAUGCACUUUACAGGGUAAAUCCUAUUUCAGGUUUCAGACAACUUAACAACCACUAAUUUAUUUUUAGUGUUCUUUAGAGCUGAAAGAAUCACAAGUGAUUGAAAAAAUAAUUAAGUAUAUAGUUUAAGAUGGCAUGUGGUCAGAGUUUUAAUAACAGUCUUUGCAUUUGACAUAAGAAUAAAUCAAAAUCCCUCCGGUGUGCCUUUUUCAGCUAAUUUAUGACCAGCAAUGAAAACCUUGAAUGUGUUUAUUAAAUAUUAUACUAUGGAUAUAGGCAGAAUAGUACAGAGUUUUGCAGGAGGGUCUUGAUGCUAAAUUCUAAAUACUUCUACACCAUAAAUACAAAGCAGAAUAGCAACCAUUUACAUAUACGUAUAUAUAUACAUAUACAUAUACAUCCUAUAUUCUUAAUCACUUUGAAGAUGCAUUGACUGAACUUAGCUGCUUUGUUUAGGUACCUUACAUAGCCAGGCCGCUCCUACAGCUAGAGGUCCCAGUGCUCUCUUUGCUUAUUCUUUUAAAAUACGAGUUAAUAUUUCCCAGAUGUUCAACUUGUUAGGGCAUUUUAAUCUGGAUACAGUACUUUCCUUAAUAAGGCUGUCAUUGGAGCCCUUACAUGGGAAGGAGGAAAAAGUUGAAAACUGUAUUGGCAUAGAAGACAAACUUGGUUUAGUUCAUAAUAUUUUUUGUGGGUCUUUUCCUAGCUGUAAAAAAACUCAGGCUAGUAAGCAUCUCUUUGCUUAAAAGCUUGUUAAGCAAACAAGACAAUUUUAAAUAAUUUAUUGUUUUUACCAAAUUUCUAAGGCCUCUUUUCUUAGCAAGCCUAGUUUAAUUGGAGGAAAUGGCUGGAAACAAAUAAAACAUUCUUGGGAUCAUAUUCUAAGCCUUAUUAUUAACAUUGUACUUGAAAUGAUAGAUCAUUUUGCCUUGCUUAUUUGCCAAAAUAGCCAUUUCUAAGUUCAGGAAAUUUUAAUGUAAGCCAAAAGCAUUCUUACUGUAUUUCAUUUUAUAUUGUAAGCUCAAUGUCAGACACUGUAUUGCUAAUUAUGUUUUUAUAUCACAACCUUUGCAGUAUACUCUUGAUACUUAAUAAAUGUUCGUAAUUAAUAA